CUAAAAUCACAUUCACAAUACAUAUAUCUCACUACAUUCAUCAUUUCUUUUUAAAUUCUCAUAUAAUAUAUUUACUGUAAUUGUUCAUUCAUCAUGGCGGGUCGUAAUUUUGGUCGUCUGUACCGUUUUUCUUCUGCCAACCGACCCUUAGCUCCCGUCACCAAUACUUCAGGCCAAGAUUCGGCUCAGUACGAUGGCCGUCGGUAUCCUUCGUCCGCCCGAGACACGUCGCUGGAACCCCGGUCGUCACCGCCACGAGUUGCACUGAGGAGAGAUGAUCAACCCCUUCCUGCUUCUCCCACGUACUCUAUCAAGAAGGCCACUUCUCCCCCGUCUUCUCCGUCGUAUAGGGCUCCGGCUGCUCGUGGGAUCAGCUCGCCGACUAAGACGGUGGAUGAAUACCCCAAGUAUAAACCUAAUACUCAACCCAGGUCACCGGAGGCCAAACAAAAACCAGGGAUAUUCCACAAGAGUACUGUCGAGAAGGUGACGAAAUCGGACCGUUAUCAUGAAUCGAGCAAAACGUUGUCAUCCCACAAGGGGCAGCUGCAACCAAAUGCAAUUAACAUCAAGGGAGAGAAUGUUGGGGCAGUAAUGGAAAUUGUUGAGUCGUCAAAACGGGAAGGGGGGCAUAUGAUAAAGAAGAUCAAAGAGACAGCAAGAGGAAUUUUAAACAACAACGACAUGGCUAAUGAUCAAAACAACGAAGCUUCAAAAGCACCUAAUUCCUCAAUGCCAACAAACACUUUUCUAAAUAGCAAUUUUCAGAGUGUCAACAAUUCCCUUCUUUACAAUGCAAAUUUGACUCACCGUGAUCCCGGUUUACACCUCGCUUUCUCUCGGAACCCGACUGGUGAGCGGUCUGGUGUUGAUGAUCACAAGAAACAACACCAUACAAGAUACUAGAGAAAACACAGAGGAUGGAGAUGAAACAAAAUAUGAUAUAUUAUAUAUUGUUAUAUUUUAUGAGAAUAAAAUGAAUUUUAUAUGCUGAUUUUAUGUAACGAAGAGAAAGAUGAGGAUUCAAGUUUUAUUAUUGUGUGGUUCAGUGGUUGGCUUUUGCCAUUUCUUUACGUACCUUGAAAUAAUAUAUGAGUUUGGAUAUUCUAUAUUA